CAGCAAUAAUGCAUGCAUUUAUAAAUGUUGUGUCUAUAUAUAUAUACACACACACACACACACACACACACUUCCGUAUAUGAUUUCUUUGUUUGUGGAGUGUGAGAAACUGAUGCUUGAGGCACAGAAGACAAGGCGCACUUCCCGGAGUAUUAGUAUAUGCUUAUAUAUAAUCGGCUGUAUGUAUAUGUGUGCAUAUACAUACACGUGUAUGUAUAGAUUUGAUUCUUGUUGUUCUGCAUAGAUUAAUAAUAUAACUAAUUCUUCUGGUUCCAUCCAUGGCCGGGGGACGAGGAUUGGCCAUGUCAUCUAUCCUCCUCAUAGUGGUGGCAGGAAUGGAGCGUUUCACGUUCAAGGGGGUGGCGGCGAACAUGAUGAGUUACCUGACGGACGUGGUGAAGAUGAGCAAUUCCUCCGCCGCAAAGAUGGUUAACAACUGGUGCGGCCUCACCUAUUUGGUGCCGCUCCUGGUGGCGCCGCUCGCCGACUCCUUCUUGGAUCGCUACUCCAUCAUUUUGCUCUCCUCCCUCCCCUAUCUUCUGGGACUCUUCGCAUUGACAUCAAGGGCAUUUAGAUGGCCAUGGAGGGCAAGAACCAACACUUCCACCGCCUCCACUCUCUUGGGAUGGUCUCUUGCUUUGAUCUCCCUUGGCCUCGGCGUCUACACCGCCUCCUUACAAGCCUUCGGCGCCGACCAACUCGACUACGACCACGACGACGACACCGACCAAGAAGAUCCCGGCGGCGGCGAGGAGAGCUCCGACCGCCGGAGCCGGUUCUUCCAGCGGUGGUACUUCGGCAUUUGCUGCGGCUGCCUACUGGGUGUCGUGGGCAUGUCCUACAUUCAGGACACCGUCGGCUGGGGGCUGGGAUUCGCCAUCCCCUCCUUCGUGAUGGUGGCCUCCGUCGCUCUGUUCUUGUCCGGGACCCGGUUUUACCGGUUCAAGAAGACCGGAGUAGAGAGCAACCAUCUGAUUCAGGCUAUCAAAGGCCGGGUUGCUUCCAGGUUGAAGAACCGCGGCGGAGAUUCCUUGCCGGCAGAGAAAUCUGAAGUUGUGGUUGUUGUUGAGCUUCACGAACAGAUUUCGAGCCCACUGUACGACGAAGAUUCAAACGGCGGCAAGAAACAGAACGACGACAUGAAUCCGUUAGACCUUGUGAAACUGGUGAUACGCCUACUGCCGACGUGGAUGACGCUGCUGAUGUUCGCCGUCAUCUUUCAGCAGCCGGCUACGUUUUUCACCCGACAAGGAAUGACGAUGGAGAGAAACAUCAUAGGCACAAAGAUCAAAGUCCCUCCGGCCGCCCUCCAGAGUGCCAUCGCCGUCUCUGUGAUCCUCCUAAUGCCGCUCUACCACAAGGCCUUUAUACCCUCCAUCCGUGCCUUCACCCGCAACGAGAAGGGCGUCACCGUGAGGCAGCGGAUGGGGAUCGGCAUGUUCCUCUCCGUUGUCGCCAUGGUUGUCGCUGCAGUGACAGAGAGGAGGAGGCUCUGCGUGAGCAACAGGCAGACAGAAGAUGUUCACGGGGACAACGUGGUCCCAAUGAGCAUCUUCUGGCUGCUUCCCCAGUAUAUCCUCUUGGGAGUUUCCGACAUCUUCACGGUGGUGGGAAUGCAGGAGUUCUUCUACUCUGCGGUGCCGGAGAACAUGAGGACCUUCGGGGUGGCUCUCAACACAAGUGUCUUUGGCGUGGGAAACUUUCUCGGGUCGGCGUUGAUAGCGGCAAUAGAGCACUUGACGGGUUCGAGAUCGGCCGGAGAACGCCGCAGUUGGUUUUCUAACGAUUUGAGAGAAGCGCGUUUGGACUAUUACUACUGGUUUUUGGCGUCUUCAAGCGGUAUCAGCUUGGCAGCCUUUAUUCUCUUUUGUAAACUUGUGAGGGUAAGAUAGAUCAAACAAAUGUAUACUAUGAUCUUAAAUUUUUGGGUGAUGUUAUAUCACGCUACAAUAACAUCGACUGAUAGAC